CUCUAGCAGCUGGUCAUCCCGCAGCGCAACUCUCUGCAGAGUGCCGCGUUCUCCCCUCCAGCAGGGACGAAGGAAGAAGAGGGACUCUGGACAGCACUGGGCUGUUUGGUGUAGGUGGUCAAGGAGAUUACUUCUGACAAGCCACUGGACCCUUGGACCACAAAUUUGCACCUGCAUCAGUGCACAAGCUUAACAAGAUCCUCUUCUUCCAUAAACACGUCUGAGAACUGAGAGACCAGGGCUGCCAGUGGUCAGUUUAGAUCCUCUGUGGGAAGCUUCAGCAUACUGCCAACAGGAUGAAGUUUGAGAACAUCCUAGCAGAGACGGAUGGAUUUGGCCGGUUCCAGAUUGCCCUCAUCCUACUGUUGGUGGUACCCCGCAUCACGCUGCCCUGUCACUUCCUGUUAAACAACUUCAUAGCAGCCACCCCAUCGCAUCACUGUGACCUCAGUGGUCUGGAUACAGAAGGCGUCUUUGAGAAUCUGACUGCGGAGCAGAGGCUGGCGGUCAGUAUCCCGACACGGGUAGAUGGGACACCCUCCUCAUGUCUGAUGUUCCCAGAGCCCCAGUUUCACCUGCUGGUCAACUCCUCCAACGCCACGACCCUUCCUGCAGGGCCAUGCCAGAAUGGAUGGGUGUUUGACAACAGCACUUUCAGAAGCACCCUGGCUACAGAGUUUGAUCUGGUCUGUGAUAAGAGACAGCUGACCAAAGGCACUGCCACAAUCUUCUUCGUUGGAGUCAUGCUCGGGGCAGUGUUUUUCGGUGUCCUUUGUGACAAGUAUGGUCGGAGGAGUAUGUUGCUGGUGUCCUACACCUCUGCUAUCAUAUUCAGUUUGAUCAGUGCCCUAUCAAACAGCUACAUCAUGUUUGCAGUGUUUCGCUUCCUCACUGGCUUCGGAAUUACAGGAAUUAGCAUUAUUACCAUUGUCCUCAGUGUGGAGUGGGCAGAUAUAGAGCAUCGGACAUUUAUUGGAGUCUUUGGGAGCGUAUCCUGGACUCUAGGCAACAUGUUGCUUGCAGGGAUUGCAUACUUGGUUACUGACUGGAGAAUGCUGAUUAUCACUGUCACCUCUCCUUUAGUGCUCGCAAUUCUGACUUGGUGGUGGAUUCCAGAAUCGGCUCGCUGGCUGAUAGCCGCUGGGAAACCCGAAAAGGCUCACUACUUCCUCCAAAGAUGCGCCACCAUUAAUCGCAGGGAUGAAUUCUCUACCAGAAUUAAGCCAGAGACUUUAUCGAGCAUCGUAUCCGUGGAUCAGAAGCACAGCUUCACAUACCUGGAUCUGGUCAAGACCCCUCGCAUGAGGAGACUGACUGUACUCACAGGCAUUGUGUGGUACGGAGUCGCAUCUACAUACUAUGGCAUCAGUUUGAACAUCACUGGCUUUGGACUGGACCUUUAUCUGACUCAUUUCAUUUAUGCAGCCAUCGAGCUCCCAGCCAAGUUUAUCACCUAUUUCAGUCUUAAUGUCAUUGGCCGCCGAUAUAGCCAAAUGGGGACACUGCUGGCCACAGGGAUAUGCAUUUUGAUAAACAUCUUUACCCCUAAAAGUUUUUGGAUGUUUCGCACCAUUGUGGCAGUGUUGGGAAAAGGUCUUUCUGAGGCUGCGUUCACCACAGUCUUCCUAUACACUACUGAGUUGUAUCCAACAGUGGUCAGACAAAAUGGUGUUGGCUACACCAGUUUCAUGGCUCGUUUGGGUGCCUCCAUUUCGCCUCUCAUCAUGCUGUUGGAGGAUGUGUGGAAGCCUUUCCCUGAGGUGGUGUUCUGCUCAGUGGCCAUUUUCUCUGGACUAGUGGCAUGGCUUCUCCCCGAAACCCUCAAUGCACGGCUGCCCGAGACCAUCGAUGACAUUGAGCAAACCAGAAAACGGUCCAUCUGCUUGUCUUCUCAAGACCAGGUAAAACUGAAGCCCGAACCAGAGGCACUAAAGCCAGAGGUUAACGCGGAAAAAUUAACCAUGAUGGAGUCGUGAUAGUGUAACAGUCUUACUAUGGACUUUUUACCAAGAGUUUUUUAUUGCCAUGUGAUAAGAUUAAUAAAAU